AUGCCUUCAGGGGCCUUCAUCAGAGACACAGUAUUUCUCCGGUGUGUGGGACCCUCCAACAAAAACCUGCACUUCUACAAAGAUGGAGUCAUUGUGAAAACAGACACAAACCAUCAAUUUAAACGAAAAUCUGAUACAACAGUGGAGAUGAUGAUCGUCUCAGCCUCAGGGUCAGACCAGGGCUGGUACUUCUGUUGGAUGGAUGGACCAACACGGUAUACAGCAAAAGCACUUACAAUAUACAGAGACAGAAGAAUUAGGCUGAGUGCAGACAGUCUCCUCAUCCCAGAGCGUGGCAGGGUGAUGCUGAGCUGUUACAUAGAAUCGAUUCAGAAAUAUCAAUGGAUCAGACGUACUUCCACUCAUACUUCUCACUUUGAGAUCUUAAAUGAAGCUACAGCUAAAGUCUCUGUACAUCAUGGAGGUGUGUACUCCUGCAGAGGAAAAGAGGAGUUCAUUCUCACACCGGAAAGUGACUUUGUCACCAUUUGGGAAACUGAUAAAGCCGUCCCUGUCGUCUCUGCGUCUCCGUCCUGGUUGAGUCCUGGUGCCUCUGUCUCUCUGAAUUGUGACGUUACAUCGCCCUCUGCAGGAUGGACGUUUUACUGGUACCAGGCUGUUCCUCUUCCAUCAGGCCUGUACUCAUAUGAACUGCUCAGUGGUGACACCUCAGGGACUGCACAUGGCUCCUUCAGUGUUCAUGGUCUGAGCAGCACAACCGGCUUUGUGUGUCGAGCUGCACGAGGGACAGACUUCUACACUGAAUACAGUCCACCGCGGUUUAUCUGGUCUGCAGAUGCUGGUUCCAGAGUGACUCCAGAUGUGCUUCCUAAAAGCUCACAACACCUCACCAUGGACAAAGUGUCAGUGAGCUGUGGGCCCGACUCGUCAGAUGAAGAGUGGAGAGUCAAGAUGUUUUUUCUGACCACAAAGUCCUUACAGCAGUGUCGCUCCCACACAACAGAACACACACAUACAUGUGAAUUUUCUGCACCUCAAGGGACCAGAGCAGUGUUCUGGUGUGAGUCUGGGACUGGACAAAUGUCUGAUGCCGUCAACAUCACCAUUCAUGAUGCUGUGGUCCUGUUGAUCCCAGCGCUCCCUGUGCCUGAGGGACAUGCCGUCUCUGUCUCCUGUAAACUGAGACAUUCUGCUACUUUCUCCUUUGUC